AGAUGGGCACAUAAUCGAGGCAAUGCUUUUUCUUUUAUAUCACUUGUCAAUAGAAAUGUUCUACAUGUUAGGGCUCAAUUCCCAUGACUUUGCAAAACCAACUACACACAGUAGGUUGAUAGGUUCAUCCAACAAGUGUUGAGGCUCUUUCAGGGUAGCCUGCUAGGAUGGGAAUCAUAAAAGGAUGCUUCCGUCCAUGUGGGCGGGAACCUGUCAAUUCAGGGAUAGCACCUCUGACAAGAUCAUCGGCUGCUCCUCCCAUCAUGGAGAGUUGCGCCUGCGAGGCCCUUACAAAUACCGGUCCUGUCCGCAUCCUGAGCAUCGAUACGCACCCAUGGAGGGUAGCAAGCCUGCAGGAUCAGCCACUCCUCUCCCAGAUCAGCCCGAACUCGCUCACUCCCCUAACUUGGCUUGGCGAGGGCGCCUAUGGCCGCGUGGAGCUCUGCCGUGUCGCGGUGCCUGUGCAUGCUGAGCCGCAAGCCGAGGCAGUGCAGGACUGCCACGACGCGCACCUGGGCCAACACCCCAACGCCUCGACCCCAGACGCUGCUACCCGGCCCUCCAGCUCACUGCUCGGGUGCAGGCCUAGCCCUGGUGGUGUUAGCAUCAUCUCGCACAAUGAACGCCUUACCACUGCGGAGCAGGAUGAGGAUGCGAAGGACCAGGAUGCAGACGACUCGGACAUGCCUCUUCCCCCGCUCCUCCCCAGCGCCAGUCCACGUGCCGAGGAGGCCGCAGCACGUCCGAACCGCUUCUCUGUCGCACGGCUACUUCCCUCUCGUGACCAGCCCCUCUUGCAGAGCUCCACCACACCUCAUGCCGACUCAGUCACUAGCAGCCGCAAGCGACGCCAGGUUGGCGGAGCAUUGGCGGUCUGCUCCUCUUUUCCGCUGUUCGGGAGCCGGCAACAGUCCUCAGUACAGCGAUCGCAGUCACAGCCCCACGGGGCCGAUAGCAAGAACGCUAGCGCAGUCGGGACACCCAACACCGCUGCUGGUCCUGUUGUAGCCAAUUCAGCAGCCAUCGGCGCAGCAGCAGUUCGCACCUCAACGCCAGCUUCUGUAACCGCAACCUCCACAAGUAUAGCUCUAAGCUCUAUCGUAGGCGCUGCAUG